UGGCCAUAUUCACUAAUAUUUUCAUAAUUUGCUGCUAGCCUAUUUAAAAAGGGGGCGGCGGGGCCGUAGUUUGGACCACCCUGGUUAGACGCUGAGGGUUUGUGUCUUCGUUCCUCACGUUUAGUUAUCGGGAUGCCAGGUUACCCUGUUUACGGAUGAUUGUUUCUGACCUGGCAACAUGGAGUAUGCGCCGGAUGCGGUAGUCAGUAUGGCGGACAGCGAAAGUGAUGUCGAAACUGACGGGCUGGAAUUAGCUCUUGAAUCUUUGUGCACUCGAUACUGCAGUGAUGUGUCUUCCCUAAAAAGCAAAGACUACUGUGCUGGUUUCUGCGAGUUGGUUGAAGCCUACACGAGCCAAUGGCAGGUUCCCCUGCCACAACUGAAGGUGUUGCAGACGGCGCUGUGCGGUUUCACAAAAGCCACGGCCAAAUUCCCAGAUGACUGUCAGCACGUCAACAAUAUUCUCAGUCGUCUGGCCUUGAGUAUUUUUGAGCUUCUGCUGUUUUUCAGCAAAGAGGAAUUUGGAGAAAAGCCUUUAAAAGACAUACUAGAUUCUUACCAGGCAUGCCAUGCUGAGCUUCGAAGAUACAGGAAUGUAUAUCUUCAGCAUGCAAAGUUGAUCAUAAAAAACGGUGGUCCAUGGGAGCAUCAGGUGUUGCAAGCAAUCAUGAAGGAGACAGAUUUGUGUUCCAAACAAGCUGACGAUUACCUCAGCUCAGAGCUGCCUAUUUUCAUGGAGCUGCGGAUUCGCUAUCUGCAAGCAUGUGAGAGAUUGCAGGAAGCUAUGGCCCUGGCGAAAGUCUGUCUGGAGAACCACAAGCCUGGAAAACAGUUAUUCUUCCAUCAGGCUUAUUUGACUUGUCUCUACAAGGCCUCUCUUCACGACGACCUUCACAAGCAGAUGGCGCAGAUAGAUGGCCAUGAUGCAGUGGAAAUCAUCUGUAACAGCGAGCAAGUUGAAAAAGAUGAGCUCCUUUUGUCACUGUGUAAAGCAUUCCUGGUCCAGCAGCUUCAAAAUGGAGACAUGUACUACUUAUGGGAUCUAGUGUUCAUCUGGAGUAGGUUGCAUCUUCGGGCACACCCGUCGAGACAGAACUUCAUGACAGAGUGCUCGCAGCUGGCCGCCUCUGCAAAGAACGUCCGCGCCAUCUUUCCCUUCAUCAAACUCGUUUUUACCGAGCUGAGUGGUGAUGGAGUGCAAGUCUGCGUGGAGCUUUGCGCCCAGGCUCUGCAGAUGUGUGACGCGCAAGCUGACGAAGUCGCUCAGUCUUUGGUCUGCAAGACCAUUGCCUACCUCCUGCCGGGAGACCUGGAGAUAUGUCGAGCAUGUGCCCUCCUCGUGUUCUGCCUGGAGCGAAGCCUGGAAGCUUACCGAACAGUGCGCCUGCUUUACAAACACCCUGACCUGGAGCCACAUCCUCACCACAGCCUUGUUCCAACCAGCAUUCGCUUCAAAAUUUUGCAGAUGCUGAAGGGACAUCUGUCUUUUGACCCUGAGUUCUGGAGUAUCCUAGCCCUCAGGACUCGUUGCUUGGAGUUAAUAAAUGACCAACUAAUAAAGGAUGCUCUCAUCAAUGAGAUGAGAGAAGAAGAAGAGGAGGAAGAGAAGGAAAUACAGGAAUACUGUAUUGAGCACCAAACGCAUACUGUAUAUGAUUCACUCGCUCAAAACUUAAAUCUCGGCCAAUGCGAGGGAACUGAAGCGGAGGUACAGUCCUCUUUACUGGAGCCUAGCCCUGAGAGCCGGACUGUAAGUGUGACAAGCAAUGUGCCUGUGAAGAAAAGGAAAUGGCGAAAAAGACUGCAAAGGAAAGUCUACCUCUUAUCUGACGAGGACGUGGACCAAGGCGACGAUCCGGAGUUCAUGUACAAUCUUAAACCCACAGCGUUGUGUUACAAAUCUGUAUACUCACUAAGAUGUAAACGCACCAGGAGGGAGAACUGUACUUCAGUCAAGCUUCCUCUCGAUCAAAAGAAAGAAUAUUUAUCCCAAUGUGUUAAGAGCCAAAUUCUAAGAAGGAAAGGCAAGAAUUGGUGGUUGCAAGGUGUCCCCAAACUGGAGGCGCCACAGACUAACCAACAGAAGUUGGUUGUAGUGAAAGGGAAAAAGCGGGGCAGGAAGCCUGCACAUAAAUGGGAGCUGUCUUACCCUGAUAAUGAAAUAUUCCUCCCCAAAGAUGAGUCUGGUCUUGGGGAGAGUUCUGAUCCAGAACUCAUCUCAGAAGAACACAUGCCGCUCCUGAAAAAUGAAGGCGAGGCUAAGAAACCACCUGAGGACAUAAAGUACAGCGACUUUAGUCAUACCCAAGAGGAACCUUCCCGUCUUUGCGUUCCUUCCGUUAGCCCGGCUGUAGAAGCAAACGCUGAGUUUGAUGAGUCACCCCUGGAAUUAGAGAGCUCUCCAUCAGAAUUCAUGCACAAUUACUGUGUAAAGUAUACAAACGGUGACAGUGACUCAGUGCAACCAACAGAAUCUGCCAUUCAUGGUGACGUGCCACCAAUCAUUGAGGAAAGUGAAAAGGCAACACUAAAGGUGAAAGUGGAGUUGACAUGGAGGGAAAAGAUGGCACGAGGACAAAAAUAUGCUCACCUGAAUUUCUACUGUAGUACCUGUAAGAAAAGCUAUAGGGGCUUAAAUGUAUUGAGGCAUUUAAUUUCUCACUUCAAGAAGCGGAACAAGUGCAUCAUCUGUGGGAAACGCUUCCAACACUUUGUUGUUGGCAAAAAGCACAUUUGGGAUCACAUUGAGGAAAUGUGCAACAACCAUAAAAAUGCUGACGCCACAAACGGGACAACUAGCAAUCAGGCCAAGGUUUGCAAUAAAAAGACGACUUCAAAUGGGGAACCUCAGAAACGGUGCAAAAGCAAAGUGGCCAGCCUAAGCAGGGAAGAUCGAAUCAUCAGAAACCUCCGCGCAGUCAUCAAAAAGAUGAAGGCCCAGUCCAAGAAGUUGAAAAAUGGCGCCGCUGAAAUGGAAUUAGACUUUAAGGACGAGCAGGUCGUCAUUCAGGACAGCCUGCUUAUCAUCAAAGCUCCCGCUGCCGCAAAGGAGGACGAAGCGCAGGCGGCAAGAGAAAACGGCUACGACGUCAUGGUCAAUUUCACGCUGUGCCCCUCAUUGUCCUGCGACCGAGUAUUUCUGAGACCCGGCAGCAAUUUGACCAAGCACGCAGUCAGAUGUCACAUCAAUGAAGACGAGGUUCUAGAUAAGACCUUCAUCUGGGCCCAGCACAAAUGUACCUACUGUCUUCGCAACCUUCAAUUCCUCCAAUAUUACAAGGAGCACAUCCGGCGCCACGACCCCUUCCCACCUCACUUCUGCUACCAUGCGAGCUGCGACCGGCGCUUCCUCACCGUGCAUGAACUGAAAGAGCACAUAGCCACCCACAACCCUUUCAGUCCCACUUGCGCUUUCGCCAACUGCGAAAAGCAGUUCUCUAACCUAAUGAGCCUCUUCGACCACGAGUGGAGACACUACAUCCCGGUUCCUCAGAGGGAUGAGCAGCAGAAGACGCUGAGCGGCGAAGCUCCGUGGAAGCAGAGGAUCAAAGUGGAAGAGAUCUGGCAGAAGAGCGAGCAAGUAAAACAGGAACAAUUGAGUGUUGAGAAACCUGCGGAUUGUUUAACGACCACAGAGCUCACUCAGCAGCACGUCAACGGGGUGGAGGAAGCGGAGCAAAGCAACGUAUCGACGGGAAGCGCGACGCCCGUCACGAAGGAAGCCCCUCAGAAAAAAAAAAUAAAAAUCCUCCCCCAAAAGACGCCAAAAAACCCUUUGAACGUCAAGAACUUGGAACGCGUCGCGACGCUUUCCGAGUGCGUCCACCCAUUGGGGGAGCCUGUCAUCUCCGAGCAUAAGAGCUUCAACCCUCAAGAGUUUUCCUACGCGCCUUUCAACAAAAUGGCCUUUUCCAGGGUGCCGCCCUCCAUCUACAUGGACGAGUCUCAGCUGUCCAUGCGUAAGAGGAGAACCAAGGAUGAGGAAGAUCACGUGCCAACUCAGUCUUGUAGUUUUGUCGCCCAGAAGGAUCAUACGCCGAAGAAAGAGGCAUACUACGGCAAAUAUAAACAUGAACAGAAGAUCAGAUAUCGAUGCGAAAAGUGUCUUUCCUCUUUCAGCAGCGUUCAAGAACUUCAAGAACACAAAGCUCUCAACACUUGCUCCCCUUUAUUUGGGUUCGACUCUGAUGACGAAAGUUAACACGCCUUAUCGAAAUCUUGUUUGACCAAAAAACAUGUACAGUAUAUCAGUUAGUUUGCUUUAGUUAGGAUAUAAGAGGGACUGCAACUGAAGUGUAAUGUACACUGACCUGUUUUUUUGUUUGUUCUUUUUUAAUCUUUUGGACACUUAUGAACAAACUGUUUCUCAGCGCUUGUCUUUCAUCACAACUAUAGCUUGUAUCAUUUCUGAACUAGACCUAAAAUGUCUUAAUUUAUAUAAAUUUGUUUAUAGUUUAGGACAGUAAAUCUUUUUCCUCAGGCAGUCUUCCAAAAGCGUUACUCUCAAGCAGAGAGUGCCAAUCAAGUCUUUGAGGAAUAUCUGAUUGAAAUUUGCAUUUUCAAGAUCUUCCUCUUUGUGAUUAAGUUUACACGAAAAUAAUGGAACUACUUAAUCACCAAAAUGUAUGAAAUGAUAAAAGUCUGCCCAGUUCUCCUCAGUAUUAAUUUACAUAGGAAAUUUACACUUAAAAUGAAAUGAGUACUUUCAGUUGUGUACAAUUCUUUGAUAUGUUGAGUAUUUUUAUGUAUGAGACUAGGUUAUUUAUGUGUACAAAUGUAAAAAAAAAAAAAAAAAAAUUAUUUGUUUGGUAUAACACCCAACUAUUUUUGUUACAUAAAAUGGCUAAAAUCUGUUUCAUUAAACAAAUGAAAAACUGCAGUUGAUUCAGUGUUUAUUUCAUUUAAGCGAUGCAUAUUACAAACAUUGCUUUUGUAGUUUCAGAAAUGUUUAAAACUUUUUUUUUUUUUGCAUCACAUCCUGAUACCAGUUGUAGAAAAUGUACAGGGGUCUUUAUAUAAACAACCCUGUCAACUACAAGUCAAUGCAAUAUCAUAAAUUAGUACCGUAAUUUUUGGACUAUAAGCCACCACCCACCAAAUUUGAUACAAAAAUGGCAUUUGUUCAUAGAUAAGCCGCACUGGACUAUAAGGCGCAGCUGUCCUCACUGUAUCAUGGGAUAUUUACACCAAAAGAUAUUAAUCGGUAACACUAUAUUUGGCAGCAGCAUCAUAAGACUGUUAUAAGACCAAAUUAACCACCAUGAGGCUUCAUUUGGCCAUCACUGCUGCCUUGGGGGAGACAGUCAACCUCCGCUGUCAAUGCUGUUGUCGUCCAACAUGCCUCUUAACAUGCAUUGCAGCGCUUCAGAUAUAACUAAAAAUUCAUGAUAUGUGUUAUUUCUUCAGUUACUGCUCCAGUUGUUUCUGUAAUAGCUAGUUAUGGUAUUUAGUAACACUUUAUUUGACAGUGGUGUUAUAAGCCUGUCAUAAGACAGUCAUGACGCCGCUGUCAAAUUGUUAGCCAUUAACCCAAAUAAAUCAACAAAUAAGCCACAUUGGACUAUAAACCGCAGGAUUCAAAAUGAAGGACUUAUAGUCCGAAAAUUACGGUAAAUUAAGAGUAGUAAACAUCUCUAUGCAGGACUAAAAUCCAUUCACCCUGCUUUAUUGAGAGAAAUAGACAAGCCAAGAGCCAGGCAGUGCAUUCAAGAUUUUAGGCAGAAUUCCUACAUGCAGUUGAAAUUUAACAUGCUACUUUUACUAUUGCUUUGGGGAAAUUUUCAGUUGUAAAACACAAAAACAGGACUCGUCGCGCGAACACGAAUAUACACUGGGUGAAAACGAUGAAAGCAAACAAAUAUUUUAGUGCAUCUAUCUGUGAAGUGCUAUAACUGGAAACUUUGGCUUAUUUGUGAAUGAGAAUUUGUAAUGGACACAUCUCACAAGGAACAUAGACUCAUCAAAGAUUACAAGUGGAUUUUCUAAAAACUGGUGGAACAGCAGCGACACAUUCGCCACGUUGCUUUGUGUGUACAUUGCGGUUUUAAGAAUAAUUCAGGUAAACAUGCAGAAUGAUUGAAGUGUUGAUAAAUCUUUUAUGACGACCAAUAUUCGGGCAUGUACAGCAAGUGCCCCUACGUGUGCUUGCUGGCUCACUCCUUUUAAAAAAAAAAAAAGCACCACCUUUCAAAAGCUUUACAAAUUAGACCUUAAGUAUUCCUUUGUGUUAAACUACGGCUAAUUUGCCACUAAAUGCAUUUAAGUGGUUCGAACGGGGGUCCAUAAAAGAUUUG